UUUUGUUUAGGCGUUGUUGGAAAAUGGGGUGGCUGACGAAAAUCAGCCUCGUUCCCCUGCUUUUCCUGAUCGCCAUCAAUUACUGCGAUGCCCAGGUACCCACACCGCAAGCACCAGUCGUGGCACCCCCACCAGAUCCGAGGGAAAAACCUCCCAAUGGCCGGUGGAUCAAGGACAGGGAUCCUAGCUUGAAGACCGGACUGGCAGAAUGGCUUCUUACCGGCUGCUGGGACGAUUCGGGCAGUAGCUGCAGCGCAGCCCCUGAACCCCAACACGCCGAAUACCCAGGAUAUGAUGGCUGGUACAACAACUUGGCACACCCUGAGCUCGGAGCUGCUGACACCCCUUUGCUCCGUCGGACCCCUGCAUUCUACGAGGACAGUGUUUACAAGCCCGUGAGUGGUCGCCCCAACCCUUUCAACCUGAGCAUGCAAUUGCUGACGGGACCGAUCGGCUCAAAAUCCAGGACUGGAAAAACUGCCCUUUUGGUUUUCUUUGGCCAGCAAAUGGUGGAGGAAAUUUUGGACGUACAGCGGCCAGGUUGUCCGCCGGAAUACUUCAACAUCCCGAUUCCAGAAGGGCACGAGUACCGAGAGCACAGCCCGCACCACACGGAAAUGCCAUUUUUGCGGUCCAGAUUUGACAUGCGAACCGGAUUCUCGCCCAACAACCCCCGCCAGCAGUUGAACGAGAUAACGCCCUACAUCGACGGCGGUCUGACGUACGGCGUGACAAAGGCUUGGGCCGACCAGUUGCGCGUCAGGGAGGACGGCACCCUCGAGAAAGACGGUCUCCUGGCCUCGGCAGGAGACGAAGGACUCUACCCUGCGUACAACAAACAACGUCUGCCCAUGGCCAACCCGCCGCCGCCAGCAUUUCACGGGAGAUGGGUCAAGCAGCACGAGACGGCGAACGUCAAUAGAUUUUUCAAACUGGGAAAUCCCCGCGGCAAUGAAAACCCUUUCCUCUUGACCUUUGGCAUCGUAUGGUUCCGCUGGCACAACGUUUUGGCCAAGGUUCUCAAGAAGAAUCACGGAAAUUGGUCCGACGAAAAGAUUUUCAAUGAGGCCCGCAAAUGGUUGAUAGCGACACAUCAAAGUAUCGUCAUGUACGAGUGGCUGCCAUCCUGGCUCGGCCAACAACUCGACAAUUACACAAGGUACGAUCCCUCAGUGGACCCGCAAAUCGAUCAUUUUUUCCAAACGUCGGCGAUGCGGUUCGGUCACACACUUGUCGUUCCUGGCGUUUACAUGCGCGACUACGCCGAGAGCGGCUGCAAAGUCAUCGUAGAGCAAAGAGUCGUGCGCACCUGCCAAUUCUUCUGGAGACCUCAGGAGCCAAUGCUAUUGAACGUUUCUAGUACCAUUCGCAAAGAGGGCGACAUUGACCGACUCCUCAUGGGAAUGGCCAGUCAACUUUCGGAAGCUGAGGACCACGCAAUCGUCGAGGACCUUAGGGGCCGGGUUUUUGGACCUCUCGAAUUUUCUCGUCGCGAUUUAAUGGCAGUCAACAUCCAAAGAGGCCGCGACCACGGCAUUCCGGACUUCAACACCGCCAGGGAAGCCUACGGUUUGCACAGAUACACCAGCGAAAAUAACUUCACCAGGGUUAAUGAGACGAUAAAACAAGAAUUGAAGAGGUUGUACACCAAAGAAGGCGACACAGGGUCUGAAUGGCUCAACCGCAUCGACGUGUGGAUUGGCGGAAUUCUGGAAACGACAGACACGCCUGGAGAGCUUUUCUCUGCAGUCAUCAAAGACCAAUUCACGCGGAUCAGAAACGGAGACAGGUUUUGGUUCGAGAACAAGUACAAUAAGCUUUUCACCGCAGAUGAAAUCGAACGAAUUAAGAAAAUCAGGCUUAGGGAUAUCCUAAUGAGCGUGACGCACAUGAAAGACGAAGACAUGCAACAAAAUCCGUUUCUCGCGCCGACGGACGCAGAGCUCCCUGCUAAUUGUCGGACCAACAAUGAAUUCGAAAACGGACAAUGCACAGGAACGAGUACCGGAGCAUGUCGGCAUUUACCACCUCUCACUGACAACUUAGUUGAAAAAUGCUCUGCUCCAGAAACGUACGACUAUUUCUCAAACAGCGAGGGUUCGUACAUCGCCACUUUUGCAGGGUUAGCAGCGGUUAUCGUAGGAAUGGUUGGAGUAAUGUUCCUGAAAAUCCAUAUAAAAAACAGAACGUCCAAUUCACCCAAGCAAAGAAAACUAGACAAAAAUGUGAAAAACCUAAACAAAUACAGGUUUUUUACAACUCAUGAAUGGGUCAGCAAAAAAAUCGGCUACGAAGAACGAAUUUUGGUCCUAAAUAUGGAUGCCAAGGAGAUUCAAGUCUGCUGCCCAACCGUUGGCAGUCUUUUGCACAAAAUUCCCGUGUGUUCCCAAACCAAGAUAACGGUUCACAAAUUUUCGGACAACUUGCACGUCAUGAUUCGGGCCAAAAACUUGUACGACCUGGUUGUCAAGUUUGAGAAGCUUUUCGACUGUUAUCAAUUCUUAGCCGAAUUGGACAAAUUUAUCGAGAGUUUGGGAUCUUCGUCAGAAACGUUGUUGACACCCAUCAAAAUGAUGCAAACUGAAACUGUGACAAGAGACAAAAGGAAAAAGAGCUUGGAGUCAUUUUUCAAAAGCAUUUUGUACCAGUUGGAGAAAAAAUCUCAAGAGCCAGGGUUCUUCAAACAAUCGCCUGGCGCAAAAAUCGAAGCCUCUGCAAUGAACUUGGAAAUCACCCUCAACGAGUUUGCUGAGUAUUUAACAAUGACAUCAGAAUCCGAGUUUAUAUCCAAGAUGUUCAACUUGAUGGAUAAAGAUAAAAAUGGGUUCGUUUCCUUCCGCGAGUUUUUCGAGUUAUUCGUGAUUUUCAAAAAAGGCUCUAUCGAGGACAAAAGUGAUCUGCUCUUUGACAUGUACGACAUAGAUCAGAACGGCGAACUGUCCAAAGAAGAAUUUAUCAAUAUGCUAAAAUCUCUUUUGGACAUUGCUAAAGUCGAAGUGGCGGAGAGCUUGGAAUCUGCUGUGAUUGCCAUGGUCAAGGCGUCAGGAUUGGAAAACAAAAAAAUUUACACAAAGAAGGACUUCCAGAGGUUCAUGACCACGCAGGGGAGCAGGAUCAGCACGCUAAAUGUGAACGUGAACGCCGAGGACCAUGCACAGGAAGAAGGAUAUUCCAGAACACGGCGGGAAUCAAUUAUGAGCAUUUACGGCGAUCCUCGCCAGCUGGCUGCCGAAAUUAAAAACGCGAAUGCGCGGAAAGAAUCUCCUCAGAUCAUCAAGGACGAACACGCGAUUCCGAGAAAGCAGUCUGACGAUGUGGACGAGAAAGCACCGUGGAUCAAGCGAACGUUUACCCUGUUGAAGAAGUCAGCCGAGAACUGUCAAAUGCACAUUUUCUGGGCAACCCUGUACACCCUGGUGCUGAUUUGCAUUUUCGCCGAACGAGCCUACUAUUACUCGGUUGAGCGGGAACACGGAGGACUGCGUCAAAUCGCGGGCUACGGCGUGACGGUGACGCGCGGAGCAGCCUCCGCGAUGAUGUUCACAUACUCGACCCUGUUGGUCACAAUGUGCAGAAACACGAUCACUUUCCUGCGAGAAACCUGGCUCAGCCGCUUCAUCCCGUUCGACUCGGCCAUUCAAAUGCACAAAUACAUCGCUAUGUGGGCGCUUGCCUUCACUAUAAUGCACGCCAUUGGCCACGCGAUCAACUUCUACCACAUCGCCACGCAGACAUCAAACGAUUUGACUUGCCUGUUCAGAAACUUUUUCCAUGCGACGCACGAAAUUCCAAAGUUCCACUAUUGGUGUUGGCAAACCAUAACCGGAGUGACGGGGAUAUUGCUAACGAUCAUCACCGCUCUGAUUUACAUUUUCGCCACGCCGUACUCGCGCACGAACUUGCACAAUUGGUUUUGGAACACACACAAUCUGUACCCGAUUUUCUACGCCCUCUGCAUCCUCCACGGCGCCGGCAGAUUGGUCCAGGAACCAUUCUUCUACUACUUCUUCCUGGGCCCGUGCGUUUUAUUCAUUCUGGACAACCUGGUCACAAUGAGCCGCAAAAAGGUCGAAAUCCCCAUCGUCCAAGUGCAAAUUCUUCCUUCAGAGGUGACGAUGCUGAGAAUCGUCAAGCCGUCGAAUUUCAACUACAAAUCCGGUCAGUGGGUUCGCAUCGCAUUGCCGGAAUUCAAUUCCUCCGAGUACCACCCGUUCACCCUGUCGUCCGCACCCAGUGAGGAACACCUCUCGCUGCACAUCAGGGCGGUGGGCCCGUGGACCUGGAAUUUGAGACGCAUGGCCGAAACACUGGGCACUUCCUCCGCCCUUCCCAAGGUGUAUAUCGAUGGGCCAUACGGUGAGAGUCACCAGGAUUGGUACACGUUUGACGUUGCCGUUUUGGUCGGCGGCGGUAUUGGGGUCACCCCUUUCGCGUCCAUAUUGAAGGACAUAGUUUACAAUGCCAACAUCAAGACAAAGGUUUCUGGCUUCAAGUGCAAGAAGGUUUAUUUCUUCUGGGUGACUAAAACCCAGAAGCACUUUGAGUGGCUUGUGGACAUCAUUCGCGAGUUGGAAAGUGUUGAUUCUAAACUGAUCGUGUCAGUCCACAUUUUUGUCACGCAGUUCCACGAGAAAUUCGACAUGCGAACCAUGCUCUUGUACAUCUGUGAGCGUCACUUCCAAAGAGCGAGCGGCAGGUCAUUGUUCACCGGACUGAAAGCAAAAACGCACUUUGGAAGGCCGAACUUCCGCAAAAUGUUCUUGGCCCUGAACGAAUACCAUGCCAACGCGAAGAAGAUCGGAGUUUUUAGCUGCGGCCCGCCUUCGCUGACAAACGCGGUCAACAUUGGUGCUGCGGAAGCCAACGCCCAAGCAGCCGCCGGACCAGUCAUUGAACAUCACUUUGAGAAUUUCUAAACUGUUUCAGUUACAUAAUAUCUCAUUACUGCUUGUGCAUUUCAAUGUAAGGCCAAACAACCGAAUUCUGGUCAAUUUGUUUGCUGUUGUCUGCAUGCUUAUUACGGUUCUAUUUAUAGUUUGUGUGUUUUGAUGCAAAUGUCUCGCUUUAGCCGGAAUAAAAUAUUGCAUUUAUUUCUAACAUAGAA